AUGAUGCUUGGUAGCAAUGAGAUGGUUGAUGGCUGUCAGAUAAUUAGUGGUGACACGAUUGGUCAUGGUGGCGAAAUGAUUCUUGAUUACAAGGUGGUCGACAUCCAUGAUAACAAGACGGCUCACGACAGCAACAUGUUCCCUGGAAUCUUUGCAUACAGUUUUGGCUCAAAAAUGGCUGGCACUAGCCAUCUGAAGAGGCACAUUACCCUGGGUCAUUGUCCUGUGAUCAAAGGUCAAGAAUCUUCAGCAGGAGGCACAGACAAUGGUGGUCAGGGUACCAUAGUGAAGCCUUCUAAGAGGCGCCACACAUGUGCUGGCUAUGGAAAUGCUCAAUUCAAUCCAGACCUUAGUUCAUCACAUCUGGCGAAGAUGAUCAUUCUGCAUGACUAUCCCCUACAUGUUGUUCAGCAGCCAACCUUCAUAUCCUUUAUUGAGGGCCUACAGCCCCAUUUCAAGGUGGUGACUACAAAUGCGAUGGAGGCAGAGGUUUAUGCAAUUUAUCUGAAGGAAAGGGAUAAAUUGCUCAAGGAAGUUAGAAAUAUUCCAGGAAGGAUAAAUCUCACAAUAGGAUGGUGGACCACUAGCCAAACUCUUGGAUAUGUUUCAAUUGCAGGGCAAUUCAUUGAUUCUGAGUGGAAGAUGCACCGAAAAAUGCUCAACUUUGUGAUGGCCCCUUGGCAUUGUUCAGAGAAUGCAGUUAGUGAAGCUAUCAGCAGAAGCCUUACUCAGUGGAACAUGACAGAUAGAUUAUUCACCAUUACUGGGAAUUAUGAGUCCUCCUCACAUGAUAUCUACAGUGUGAAUCUAAGAGAUAGGUUAUAUUUUUAG